AUGGCUUUCUCCGACCAACCAUGGUUUUGGAUGCUUGCAUACUUUGGUCUGAGCACGGCCAUGACACUCUACAACAAGGCCAUCCUCAGUGUUGCCGAUUUCCACAUGCCGUGGCUGAUAGCCUCGCUACACACCUUCUUCAGCGGCCUGGGCAGUCUGAUUUGCAUCAUCUGGAUGAAUGAGAGUCAGCCGCUGCUUCUUGCCGGCCAGUACGCCUACCUGUUCCGAAUUCCGCCCUCGGUCGUGGCCUUCUCGAUCCUGUACACCCUCAACAUUGCCUUUUCCAACAUCGGCUUGCUGGGCGUUUCCCUGCCGCUCUACCAGAUGAUCCGGUGCACCAACCCGCUGAUUACCUUUGUGAUGGAGUUCUUCUGCUUUGGUCGACGGGAAACCAACAUCGUCUAUCUAUCACUCUUCAUGGUCGUGGUUGGCGUCGGCCUUACCGUCUACGGCGAGGUCCAGAGCACCGCUCUGGGCGUGAUCCUCAAUUUCAUCGGAGUUAUCCUCUCGUCCGUCAAGGGCGUGUUCACCAACAUUCUCCUCAAAGGCGGCAGCUCCUCGUCCAAGAGCAAGUCCAAUUCGUUUGUUCUCCUCUUCCGCCUCUCGCUGCUAGCCGUCCUGCAGUGUCUCGUCGCCGCGUAUUUUGUUGGCGAGAUCGAUGACCCCACCGACAUCCAAGUCCCCAUUGGCAAUGGCACCCUCGUCGAUACCCAACUGCCGGCUGCCGAAACGCCCCUCUCUCUAGGCGAAUGGGGCUGGAUGGUCUGCUUCAACGGUGUCCUGGCCUUCCUCGUCAACUAUGUCAGCUUUACCACCAACGGCAAGACGAGCGCAUUGGCCAUGGCCAUUGCCGGCAACGUCAAGCAAGUCCUGAUGAUCUGUCUGAGCGUGGUUCUCUUCAGCUACAUCUUCACGUACCACUCGGCUCUUGGCAUCGUCGUCACCCUUGCUGGCGGUCUGAUAUAUUCGCUUGCCAAAAUCAAGUCACGGUAA